AUGAAUGAAAAUAUUAUGCCUCUCCGUAUUACAAGACUCAAAACCUAUCCUUUGUUCUAUUUUUACCAUAUUUUUUCUCCAUUUUCUUCUUUUGUCUGUUCUUUUCUUUUAUUCAAAUUUUCUCCACUGCUUCCUUCCUUCUCUUUUUAUAAUCUCUGUGUUUUUCUUUAUUCUUUUCUCUUCCUUUCUUUUCUUCCUUUAAUUUUUUUUGUCUCUUUUAACUGUCUCUUUUUUUCUACUUUUAAUUUUCUAUUAUUUCAUUUCCUUCUAAGAGGUGACUCACAUUGUGAUGGAGAGAAAGGAAAACUCACUGAGCUGAUGGCAGACAAAAAUAAAGACAAAAAUGAUGAUGCACCAUCAGGGGAGGGAGACAAGAUGUUCAAGAAACCAGUGAAGCGACCUGGGGACACCCCUCUUGACCUGACUGUGUCAACGUCGAAAAAAAGCAAAGAAGAUGAUCCUGACAUUGACGACUCAGAGUUGCAAAAUUCCAGCCUGAUGUCAUACAAUGAAGAUGAAGAAGAUGAAGAGGAUGAAGAAGAUGAGGAAGAGGAAGACGAAGAGGAUGACGAGGAUGAAGAAGAUGAAGAGGAAGAAGACGAGGAGGAGGAAGCUGAAGAAGAAACCUAA